GCCGCCAAGGGCGACUUCGAGAACGCCGAUACUGAUGGCAACGGAACCAUUUCGGACAAAGAGUUGGUCAAGUUCUUGGAAGGCAAAGAAUUCACACCUCUGAAGAAGGUUGUCCAGGAGGUGCUCAUGGAAGUGGCAUCGAGCUUGGUGGCAGAUAUUGAGGCCCAGGUGAAUCCAGAGGCCCAGGUUUGCUCUUUGCGUCCUCGGCUCGAGACUGUCUGGCCCAGAAGUGGCGAUUUUGAUCACCUCCACGCUCUUUGCCCCUCUCGAUCCUUCGAGAUUAUGAGGACCGUUCAAGUUGCGGCCGUCGCGGAGCCGAUGCCAAGAGUCUCGAGCCCGAGCUCCGUGGCGGAUGUGGCUUGCACGAACGACAAGGUCGUGCAAGGAGCUGUGACGACAACGCGUCGCACGAUGAAGAUCGCAGGCCUUGCGCUUUUUGCAGUAGUCUUUACCUUUGCCUUCUUCGGCUGGCCAACGAAUUUGCUCGAAGAUGCCGCGACACACCGGGGUGUUCUGGCAGCGCUCUUCAUCACAGGCAUCACUUUGGUCGCACUGGAAGAUGUGCUUCGACUUGACAAGUCUGCCAUCAUGCUCGUCCUGGCAUCGGUGAUGUGGACGUACCAUGCAGCGGGCAUCCACGCCAGAACUGUGGAAGGGCACCAUCUUCUUGAGGAGGAGCUGAUGAAGGGCCUCUUCGAGGUGGGCAGCGUCAUCUUGUUCCUGCUCCCCGCAAUGUGUGUGGUCGAGUCUAUUGACCACAUGAAUGGUUUCGCCGUCGUCACGGCCUUCAUCGUGCGCCACACACAGGGCAAGCCCGGCCGGCUAAUGCCCAUCGUUUGUGUCAUCGCUUUCUUCUUGAGCGCGGUGAUUGACAACCUCACUGCCACAAUUGUGUGCAUCAAAAUCCUGCAGCGCGUGGUCCCUCACAGCCAGGACUGGCGACAUAGCUGCGGCGGGGUCGUUGUUGUGGCAGCAAAUGCUGGAGGCGCCUGGAGUCCGAUCGGCGACGUGACCACCACUAUGCUGUGGAUCCAACACAAGGUCUCCACGGGGGGGAUCGUCACUUGGACAUUUUUGCCCUCGUUUGUGGCUGGCUUCAUCCCCUUGUUCGGCAUCUGGUGGCAAGCUCGGCGAUGUGGGCCGAAGCUGCAGGAAGCUUCAACACAGUGUGAAACAGUCGUCCCGAGCCGAAACAGCAUCGUCGUUCUAGUCAUUGGCUUCGGAUGCAUCCUCAUGGUACCGGUUGUUAAGAUGGUCACGGGACUGCCACCCUACUUGGGCAUGAUGAUGGCGCUGGGCUCUUUCUGGCUCGUGACGGAGAUCUGCGACCUGGGUGCGGAGGUGGCGGCGAAGGACGAGGAGGCCCCUGAGGACAAGGAGGGCCCAGCACACCACUCCCGAAGGGGUGUGCCGGCGGCGCUGCAUAAGGUGGAUAUCAGCAGUUUGCUCUUCUUCACCGGCGUGCUUCUUGGCGUCGCCGUCUUGGAAGCUGCCGAAGUCCUGAGCCGCUACUCCACCUUCAUGCGUCAGGUCACUCUGGACAAUGAGCUGCUCCUCUCAGGGCUCCUUGGCGUCUCCUCCGCCGUGGUGGACAACGUCCCCCUGGUCCAGGCAUCCAUUGAAAUGUUCGAGGAGCCCGUGGACCAUCCUUUGUGGCAGCUUGUCGCUUUGGGUGCUGGCACCGGUGGCUCCAUGCUUGCUGUUGGCAGUGUGGCAGGUGUGACCCUCAUGGGCUUGGAGGGUGUCGGUUUCCUCUGGUACGCAAAGCGCAUCUCCCCUUGGGCCGCCUUGGGCUUCGCACUCGGCCUUGCUACCUUUGCUCUGCAGCAAGAAAUCCGCCAGGGCCAGGCACAUGUCCUGGAAAGGCCCAUGCCAGCCGACCACACGGUGAUGCGAGUGGAGCACUUCCGGAAGGGCUUUUCCGACUACGAUGCGGACGGCAGCGGCAGCAUCAGCACUUUAGAGUUGAGUUUGGACCUCAUUUCGUGUUGCGGCUUGAGGCAACGUUUCAUUUUUGGCUACUAUGCUGCAUUAGCCUGCCAGCUGGGCUUUCAGGGAUGGCUUUGUGGUACCUCUGAAGGCGACAUUUUCCGGGAGUUCGGCUACCGGGCAGGGGCCUCGAAACCACAGAUGCCGCCUCCUUGA